AUGGCAACUACCGGCGAUGUCUCCAAAAAAAUUAGAGCAGCCAUAAAGGCUAAGCUGGAGGAACUUGGCGUAUAUGUUGACGACGAACUACCAGAUUAUAUCAUGGUUAUGAUUGCUAAUAAGAAGGAAAAAGGACAAAUGAAGGACGACCUACUUUUGCUUUUCGAUAUUUUCGAGCGAUUACAGUCAGCUGGGUCCACGGCAAUUCCGGAAGAAUUGAUCGACAAACAUAAAGAAUCGGAUGGUGGCAAUCAAAAAAAGGACUUGGAAAGUUCCCAUAAAAGAGAAAAUGAGGAAGUCAUCGAAAAAAGUAAAUGGGAUGGCGGAGAGCACGCCAGAGAGCAUGAAAAGAAGGAAAAAGAACGACAGCUCGGAGCAAAGGAACGCGAAACGCGUGAGAACGAAAAAAAUGCGGAAGUGGCCAAGGUUGUGAAAUCAAAGCCGCCGCGCAAAGUCUGCCGAUCGCCAGUGUUGGCGCCUGAAAGGACGCAAAGCCGCCGAAAAUCGGGUAGCCCAGUUGAUCGUCGAGCACGCUCACGGUCUGGAGCUGGACGAGAGCGACGUGAUGGGCCUGAGCGAAGCGUUUCUAAAUUUGGGACGCCAAGGUCGAGACAUGAAGCGGAAGAGCGAGAACGGAAGGAAGUUGCACGAGUAGCCAGUAGGCGAAUGGACGAGAGGGAAGAGAGAACAAAAAAGAAUAUCAGAUCAAGAAUUUCGUAUAAAACGGGCAAGAAUGACUUGACUACGAACAUGAGCCGAAAAAGAAAAAUUGUGCCGAGGACACCAUCACCGGAUCAUUCUCUUUAUGGUACUAGUGAUGAGGAGGAGAAGCGCUUGGAUGAGGAAGAAACGGCUAAAGUUUUGAUGAGCAAAAAGGUGCAAUCAUCCGCUGUUGGUAAACUACCACCAGAGCCAGCAGCGAAAGCAGUCCCUUCACAAGUGGUUGUUAAACGAAAAUUACCAGAAAAAGAACCGACAGCGUCAGUUUUUUUCUCUGUUUAUAACUGA